UCCGCCGUUUAUCAAGUAACCUCAGCCGCUUCGGUCCGUCCAACAUGGAUGCUUUUUAUCUGUUUGAGUGUACUAGGAAGUGGCGAGUGGUGAACUUUUCAAAUUAUUGCCAUAGAACUGAACAAGAGUUUGUGUCAUAAUUCUGGUUUUUCUAAAUUACAUUAGUGGUGUUUGAUAAUUAGUUGUCAUGCCUCGUAAGAAACGGGCGAAACCAGUAUCUAUGAAACGGACAUCUGAGAAAAGUGAAAGUGAUCAAAGUGUAAACGGUAUCGAUGAUGAUAAUGAAAAUGGGGCUGGUGAAGAAGAGUCACCGGGAAAAGUGGUCGAAUCUCCUACGUCAGCUCGUGAAGCUGAAGCAUCUGAGACUAACGCCUCCAGCAAUUGUACAGUUUAUAGUAAUUUUAGCUACAUGGAAAACACAAGGAGGUACAGCACGAGCAGCCAAGAGGACGAGGAUGAUUACGAGCCGUACAACACGAGCAAUCUGCUACCCAUUGAUAUUCAGCAGAUUGUCGUUGGGGAUGUCACAAACGUGACAAUCCAUCAGGAAUACGACAUCCUCGAUGAAGAUGAGGAAGUAAAUGAAAACAUCGGUUGUGAUAUUGUUAUUGAAAGUGUCAGUGGGCAAAUUGAGGAUGAUGUGAACAAUUUUCGGACUAGUGAUAAACGGGAUACCAUAGAACCCUUAACAAAAGAUGAUUUUGAAAAUUCAGAUUUGUUACAUGUUAAAAGAAGUGAGACUGAUAAAUGUUACUCGCCAAAAAAAAGCAUUGAUAUUUCCUCAAAAUCUGUAUCAGCCAUAAAAGAAACAGAGGAAAAGUUAAAUGAAUUAAAAAUUACUCUAGAGUCAGAUGAGCCUCCAGGGAAAGUAUAUGUGCCUCUAAUACACCAUGAAAUUUCGAUGCAGGUGGAUGUUUCCCCUUUAAAUUCAACUGUAAAAGAUGAAUAUAAUGAAAUGCCAAAGAAAGAACCAAUAUUCAGAGAGAUGGAAAAGAUGGAGCUUGGUGGGAUGGAAAAUAGUGAAGAAACUCCGGAGAAAUGCAAUGAUCUUAAGACUGCUGAUAAAACAAAAAAUUCAGAACCAUUGGAUAAUGUUAGUCUAAUGUUUACAGAACCUUUAAAAGUAUUCAAAUCAAAGAAACAACUUGGUCUUAAUAAAAAACACGAAAAGAAGAACAAAGCUGCUGAGAACAAAAAAUCACCUGAAAAGAAAUUGUCAGAUAGCAAAAAAUGUCUCUCUAAGGAUAACUCAAAAGCUGUAAAUAAAGAUACUGCAAAGCCAGAAUCUAAAAAGCCAAUUAAAGAAGCAAUAAAAUCUCAAGACAAAAAAAAAUUGCACCCUAAAGAAAGAUUUAAAUCUCCUGAAUCUAAAAAAUUGUUUACUAAAGAAAUUAAAUCCCCUGAAAACAAAAAACACGUGAGUGCAAAGGAAGUCAAAUUUCCUGAAACUAAAAAGUCUCAAGCCAUGAAGGAAAGCUUAAAAUCUUCUGAACAGAAAAAACAGCCGGUUAAAGAACCCAUUGUCGACACCAAAAAGCUGAAUGGUGAAGAUUUAAAACUGAAAAAAGAUGAAACGGACGACAAGAAAGAUGAUAUCAAGAAGCCUGAAGGUACUGCUGUUAGAAGAAGAAGCAACAGAAUUCGAGUGAAUCGGUGGGAAGAUUCUACUAUUACAGAAGUAGCGUUGCCUCCUCCACUUCCUCCUCCGCCUGUUGCUCCAGUUGUCCAACCAGUAGCCACCCCUGUUUCAACCUCGACUCCGCCACCUCCACCUCUUUUCGAUGCUGAUAAACCUGUCAAGGUUAAAUCCAGGUGGAGAAGGACAUCUGAGUUAGAAAUGGGAACAGGCAUCACCAGUGAUUCAGAUACGAGUGUUUCUAGCAUUUCGACGUUCAGUAUUAAAUCAGAAAGCCAGAACAGCCCUUGUUUGGAUACACCGUUGCCUUCACCUAUGGCAUCGGCGAAGCUGCCUCUUAUAACCACCCACCCGGAGAUUGAAGAGCGGCUGAAAACCUAUGAAACGGUAACGAGUAACAUUUACCUUCUGCCACGGACAAAAAGUAAAGAGGCAAAAAGGAUGGUAUGCGAUUGUACUCUUACUAAAGAAGAAAUCUCAAGAGGGGAAAAGGGUUGUGGUGACGACUGCCUUAAUAGGCUUCUCAUGAUUGAAUGUGGUUCCCGAUGUUCACUUGGAACACUUUGUUCUAAUAAACGCUUCCAGAACUGUGAAUAUUCUAAAUGUGAAGUAGUUAAAACAAUGAAGAAAGGUCUUGGUUUAAUCGCUUCAUUUAAUAUUGAAUGUGGUGCUUUUUUAAUGGAGUAUGUCGGAGAAGUCAUUGACCCCAAAGAGUUUCGUAAAAGAGCGAAAGACUAUUCUAAAGAGAAGUCACGACAUUUUUACUUCAUGGCGUUGAAAUCAGAUGCGAUCAUAGACGCAACGUUCAAAGGGAACAUUUCCAGGUUUAUCAAUCAUAGCUGCGAUCCCAAUGCAGAAACACAAAAAUGGACAGUAAAUGGAGAGUUGAGGAUAGGAUUUUUCAGCAAGAGAGCCAUUGCAAAAGGAGAAGAAGUUACGUUUGAUUAUCAACUUCAAAGAUAUGGAAAAGAGGCACAGAGGUGUUACUGCGAGAGCUUGAAUUGUCGCGGCUGGAUUGGAGAAGAUCCAGAUAAAGAAAAGGACAGAGAAGAUAAAGAUAAGAGUUGGAACCGCAAAGAGAGGAAAGACAAAGAGAAGAAGAAAAAAGAGGAGAAACGAAGGGAAUAUGUUAACGAAAUGGAUCUGGAAGAGGAAAUAGAAAAAUUGAGCGCAACCGGUGUCAAGAACCAAGCACAUACACUUACUUUAAGCAGGCUCAUGGUGCGGGCGGAAGAUCUCGUCUCUAGGUCUCAAUUGCUAGAGAUAGCAAUAGCAGCUGAUAGGUUGUGCCUUCGACUCUUCUUAGACUAUCAUGGGCUUGCGCUCUUGUGGUCAUGGAUGAUGGACAAUCAGGCUCCUGCCAAAUUCAGGCUUCAGCUUCUUAAAACUUUAGAAAAACUGCCGAUUACAAACAAAACCAUCCUAAAAGACACUAAAGUUCUAAACAUAGUUGAAAAAUGGGCAAAUCCUGAUGAUACAUCUUUGGGAGAUAAAAAAGAGAGAACUGGUGAAGAUUCGAAUGAUGGCUCACCAGACUCCGUAGAGACAAUCACUCCAAAAGGCGAAGGCGGGAAUAGCCAAGACGGCCAAAUGCCUGAAGCGUCACCUCCGAACGAUGAAGACUCUCUAGCCAUUGUAGAACUAGCCAAAAGUCUCAUUUCAAAAUGGGCCGAUCUCAAAGAAGAGUACCGAAUUCCAAAGAAAGAGAGAAUAGAACAGAUGAAAGAACAUGAGCGUGAAGCUGACAGGGGCUACUGUGAUCCAAGGGACAAUCUCACUUAUGACAGUCGAGGGGGUGUUGGUUACAGGCAUUGGCCAAAUGAGAGGGAUGCUGGCCGUUACAAGGAGAAGGACAAAAGAAGAGCUGGAAGAGAUUCACCAGACAGUAGAGAUAAUUUCGAUAGAAGAAACAAAGAAAGAAAUGGUGCAUUGACCAGCCCAAGAUUAACCAAAGUUCAGCGUCGCCAGCUCUUCGCUUUGCAGGUAGAAGAAGAAGAAAGACAGAAAAGGCAGGUGGAAGAAAUGUGGAAUAAACACCAAGAACAGUGUUCAGCUCUCGGCUUGGAUCCAGCUCAGACGCCAUUUUUCAACCAGCAUAAUGGUUUCCCUGGAUUUUACCAUCCACAAACUGGAACUUGGCAACCAUUACCUCCAGAAACUAUGAUAAACAAGGUAUGCUCUAGGAAAAAAGUUGCGACGAAAUUCUUUGGUGUUACAGAAAGUGUGAUGGAGAGCGCAGAAAUGUAUAGGCCAGGUGCUGCUCCUCCACUAGUUAAUCAAAUGCCACAUGUGUAUGCACCACCGGCCACCCCUCCGCCUGGAUUCGUUCCACAGAUGGGAGGGCCUCCUCCUGGAAUGGGCCCACCGACUAUAGCGAUGCCACAACUGGCCCCGCCACUCGGUCCCCAAGGCCCACCUCCGGGAGGGCCACCACUGGUACCAGGAGGUGCGAUGGGGUUGGGCCCACCACCAGGAAUGCCCCCGACAAUAGUGACAGGACCAUUCUCUGCUCCGCCUCCCGGCCCUUUCCACCAAGUCCCUCCACAGUUCACACAACCACCUCCACCGUUGCAGCAAUUCUCUGGCCCUCCGCACAUCGCUUUCCAGACGCCUCCGCCAACCCAGCAACAGCCGCAAGUCUUUCCUCAGUACUUACCUCAACAGCCUCCACCCUCUUUAGAAACAAUUCAGAUGCCUCCUAUGCAAAAACCAAAUGUGGUUGUCGAUACUCAAGCCCCUAUCCUCCCACCACCACCUCGCAAACUUCCGCAAGGGUGGAAAUCCGCUAAAGACAAAGAAGGCCGAUUUUAUUUUUAUCAUGUCAAAGUUAGAAAGUCUCAGUGGCAAUUUCCCACCAAUGAAGACAUAGCAGAAGCCGAUGCAUGGGUUGCAUCUCAGCAUUUUACUGUUGAAGACGAAACAGAUUCAGAUGAAGAUGAAUCCGAUAGUGAAGAUGAUGAUUCUAGUUCUGAUGAUGAUGAAGACAAGGAGGAUGAAGAAGAAGAGGAAGAAGAUAUGGAAAUGGUUUCUUCUGAAAAGCGAAAAGUAGAAGAGGAACAUGUUGAACAACCACCCUUGCAAACUUUAGAAGAGGACUACUCUCCUUCUCAGGCAGUUGGGUUUCAGGAAAGUGAACCACAGUUGAAAAAGAGGAGGGAAGGACUCGUCCAAGUCAACAUCAUAAGUCCAAGAGACAACGAGGUUAAUUACAGGAGGGGAAUCAAGAAGUCAAAGAUAAGGGAAACCAAAGAGAAACUUGCUCGUGCAAAACACAAACACAAAAAAGAAAAGGUGAGGAAAUCUAAAUCGAUGGAUUCCGAUUCGUUGUCCGGCCCUCUGCGACGUAUCAAGGACAAAUUCCGAGUUCAAAUGGCCAAUGUCAUUGUUACAUUGCUCAACCCGUAUAGAAAAUCUGAUUGCAAAGUCGCACGAAUUCAGAACACAGAAGAUUUCAAGCAUCUUGCACGAAAGCUGACACAUUUUGUUAUGGUAAAGGAACUGAAGCACGUUGCUUCAAUAGAAGAACUUGAAUGCAAUGAAAAUGUAAAACACAAAGCGAAAGAUUUUAUCAAGAAAUAUAUGGCAAAGUUUGGUUCCGUAUAUUCCAGAAUGCCAGAUGAGUGUUAAAAGCGUCUUCAGCAUGACUGUUAUUAUUCUUUCUUGUGUAAAUAGAAAACAACAAAGGAUGCAGCUACUCCGCACCUGAGAGUAUUUAUCUGUUUUAAGA